AUGCAUCCUACAAACCAGAAUACUUCCAGACCGAGAGAUAACAUCUCGAAUCAUACGGAUUCUAUCAUUGUCGAGGCAAUGACAGAACCGACUGNGUUUCUGUUACUGUUAAUUGUCCCCAUUGUGACUUUGUUCGGGAACUCGUUGGUUGUGCUCAGUGUGAUUCGUGAACGCAGUUUACGCAAUGCGACCAACUGGUUCAUUGUCAGCCUGGCCACAGCCGACAUUAUUCUGGCCAUCCUGUCUAUGCCUGUGGCCACGUGGAUGGAGGUCAUUGUUCCUCCAAUCGUGUUGCGCAUGUGA